AUGGCUCGAAUCAAUGGAACUCCCGUCCCAAAUGGCACUCACCAUGAAGACCGCCCGACCCAGAACGGCACCAGCCAUGUCAACAGCAAUGAGGUCACCACCGAGUCUCCGAAGAAGAAACUCAUCCUCAAUGCCUUUGUAGAAAUGUGCUCCGGGCACCAAUCCCCGGGCCUCUGGCGGCACCCGCAAGACCGCUCUUCCUCCUUCAACACGCUCUCCCACUGGACGUCCUUCGCGCAGCUCCUCGAAAAAGGGCACUUCCAGGGAAUGUUCAUCGCCGACGUGCUCGGCGGCUACGACGUGUACGGCGGGCCCAAGAACCUCGAGCCGGCGAUUCGGAGUGGCGCGCAGUGGCCGGUGAAUGAGCCGCUGAGUGUCGUGCCGGCGAUGGCGGCCGUCACGAGCAGCUUGGGGUUUGGGGUUACGGUAACGACGAGUUAUGAGCAGCCGUAUCAUCUUGCGAGGAGGAUGAGUACGGUUGAUCAUUUGACUGGGGGGCGGGUAGGCUGGAAUGUCGUUACUGGGUAUCUCGACUCUGCCGCAAGGAACCUUACGAACGGCGCUUCGCAACCGGAGCAUGAUGAGCGAUAUGCCAUGGCCGAGGAGUAUAUGGAUGUGGUCUACAAGCUCUGGAACUCGUUGUGGCGUAGCGACGCUGUGAAGCUGGAUCGAAAGGCUGGCGUCUAUACGGAUCCGUCGCUCGUGCGUGAGAUCAAUCAUAACGGCAAGUAUUACACGGUACCUGGCCCGCACUUCUGCCAGCCGUCACCGCAACGAACACCGAUCAUCAUGCAAGCUGGGACGUCAAAGGCUGGUAAGGCUUUCGCGGCGAAGCAUGCUGAGGCGAUCUUCGUUUCCCAGCAUUCGCCCAAUGCGGUGGCGAAGUCUGUCGCCGAGAUUCGCCAGAAAGGAGCUGAGUUGGGAAGGAAUCCAUCAGACAUCAAAGUCCUGGCCAAGUUUUGUCCCGUGCUCGGACGGACCCAAGAAGAAGCCGAAGCGAAGUAUAACGACUACAUUCAGUAUGGCUCGUACGAAGGUGCGUUGGCCCUUUUCGGUGGAUGGACAGGCGUAGACAUGGCUCCAUACGGCGAUGAUGAGGAACUGCGGUAUGUGGAGAGCAAUGCAAUCCGAUCGUACAUCGAGGGCUUGUUGGCGAGCGCACAGUAUGUCCCAGGCGGCAAGUGGACGAAGAAGUCUCUUGCUGAGCACAUCAUGGUUGGAGGGCUGGGUGCCACCUGCGUGGGUACGUCAGAGAAGGUGGCGGAUGAGAUGGAGAGGUGGGUGAGAGAGGGUGGUGUUGACGGGUUCAAUAUCGCGUACGCCCUCAUGCCGCAAACUUUCGAGGAUGCCGUCGAGCUUUUGGUGCCAGAACUACAAAAGCGUGGUCUGUUUUGGGAUGAGUAUAAGGUUCCAGGUGGCACCUACAGGGAGAAUCUUAACGAGGCGCCCGGACAGACGGAGCCCUUGCCGACUCAUCCAGCGGGAAAGUUGAUAUGGCGACGUCCUGGAGACUCAGAUCCAAAGGCUCAGGUGAAUGGACAUGCCGAUGGCUCGCAACCGAUACGAAGUGAAGACGAAAGUCUGCCGGACUGGGUCCUCGACGGCCUGCGGUAG